CAGCCCUGCAGCUCUGAAUGUCUUCUCUGCACCCUUUGCUUGCCAAUGGAGAGUGAAGAUGGUUAUACUGCUUUGAACUUCCAGUCUAGGAGGGUUGCAUCAGGAACUGCCGCUGUAGCUCAGAAACAAGAUGCUUCUGGGCUUCCCUGUUGGUACCAGAUCACCCUGUGGGCAGCAGGCUUUGUGAUCAUCCUCCUGGGGGCGGCUGUGACAGUCUUGGCUUUACAGUUGGAAGCUGAAAAGGGAAAAAUUGUGAACAAUGGUGGAUGCAAUGCCUCAACAGACAAGUUUCAGGCUUUCCUAAGACUCAACUUCUGCAAUCAAAAACAGACUAGGUCCUCAGAUAAUUCCCCUUACAAAGUGUGCCCUGUACAAUGGCAGCUCCACAGGGACAAGUGCUACUGGCUAUCAGAAAAUAUUAAAACCUGGGAUGAGAGCCAACAUGACUGUUCAACAAGGGAUUCUCAACUGCUGGUCAUCCAAGACAAGGAGGAGAUGGAUUUUAUAAAAAGCAUUACAAAACAUGCAGCACACUGGAUUGGACUCUCACGGUUAAAACUGGAGAAGAAAUGGAUUUGGAUUACAGGCUCCCAGCUUGAUCAGAGUCUAUUUCCAGAACCAGACUAUGCUGAAGAAAACUCUUGUGCUAGAAUAAGACAUGAAGUCACCUCUGAAGACUGCAAUAGUGUGUUUAAAUGGAUUUGCCAGAAAGACCCUCUCCUACUCUGAUAUUUUAGUUUGAUAAAUGCAAUAAUUAUGUGGGUUGUUGUUAUUUGCCAGGACCGCACAAUAAAAAUGUCAUUGGGUGGCUGAGAAGAUUAUGUAAAGGUAUUAUUCUGUUGUCAUCAAAAUA